AUGGCGACCGCUGCCGACGUAGAUGCGCUGGACUUUGAGCCCGAUGACGAUGAUCUCAUGGACGAAGACGCCGCCGUUGACGUCGAUGCAUCUUCUCCUAGGGCUUCCGCUCCCAUCCCUAAACUGAAAUCCGCUAUCACUGGCGGCUCUGUCGCCGCCGCUCCUAAGAAAACUAAAGGCCGAGGAUUCCGUGAAGAAACCGACGCCGAACGUAACAACCGUAUGUCCGGUCGUUUCGAUUCGCUUGAUUCCGAUGGCGGCCCUGGUCCUGAACGAUCAAUCGAGGGAUGGAUUAUUCUGGUUACUGGGGUACAUGAAGAAGCCCAAGAAGACGACUUACAAAACGCAUUUGGGGAGUUUGGUGAGAUUAAGAACUUGCAUCUAAAUCUUGAUCGCAGGACUGGUUUUGUCAAGGGGUAUGCACUGAUUGAGUAUGAAAGCUUUGAGGAAGCAGAGAAAGCUAUAGCUGCAAUGGAUGGAGGUGAGCUGCUGACUCAGAAUGUGAAUGUUGAUUGGGCAUUCAGUAAAGGUCCUUUCAGAAGGAGAAACAACAGGAGGAGAUCACCUCGUGGGAAUCGGUCAAGAAGUCCAAGGAGGAGAUUUUGAUUUGGUGGGGUCCGGUUCAUGAAUGUGCGAAGGAUUUGUUUAAGUUUUUAGGUUGAAACUUGAAAGUGAGUAAGUUUAACUUGACUAAUUAAUUGUGUUUGAUUUGCUUUUGCCUUUGUUUGGAUGUUUGUUACUUGUUAAGGCUCAAAGUUUUACUUAUCUCGUGUAUCGUAUGCAUAUGGUUUGAAGACAAGAAGCUUUUUUCUUUUUGCACGUUGUAAUGAGUUUGAUGUAUUUUGUAUUUCAACACAAGAUCAUGAGAGAGAGAAAUAUGACUGUUUAUGGUGUGAUUCAUUUACUCUUAUAUUUAUGUCAUUCUGUGAGAAAAAAGAAGUUUCAACUUCAAAACAAAUGAAAUUGCAACUACUAGAUG